CGUUUCUCUAUUCCCUCUGUCUGUAUCGUUGGUCGGGGGCGUCUCUCUACUCUCUCACUCUCUAUCAUUGGUCGGGGGCGUCUCUUCCUCACCUCUACCCUUUGCCCCCCUUGUCUCACUCCCUCACCUCUACCCCCCUUGUCUCUAACACAAUGUCCGCAAGCUGCCCAGCUUGUGGACAGGACAAUCUCACUGUCACAGGCCUCAGUCAUCAUCUAUCAAAGAGCCGAAACCCUGAUUGUCGAGCGCUGUACAAUUACUCACGCUCCCAGAUACACGCCAACACUAGUGAACCGCAACUUGAUGACGAGUUGGAAUGGCCUGAUGAUGAUGGAGGGUAUGACAUGGAAGAGUUUGAGUGGGCUCGCAAGGGAUCUGGCCAUGGUAGUGAUGCGGAUGAGGGAGCGGACGAUGGAUGGGAAGAUGAAGCAAAUAACGAACCUGAGUGGGAGCCUCCGGUUGAUCAGCAACAUGACCACGAUGACAUGGAUGCCAUGGAUGAUUUGGCCGCUGAUGAAGCAACCGGUCAAGAACAACACCAUGGUCACCAGGAGAUUCAAGAACGUGCCCAAGGGCAGCAUGGUUGUGUUAUCGUGCCCUAUCCAGACUCGCGUGCUGGGCAACCUAUUUCUAACAAUCAUACUGCCAAUGUUGCGUAUGGUGCGCAUCUUUCCAAUGCCAACCAGGAGAAUACAUAUCACCCAUUUGCUUCUAAGAUGGAUUGGGAGGUCGCAAGAUGGGCAAAACUUCGUGGACUCAGUUCAACUGCGUUGUCUGACUUACUUGCUAUUGAGGGGGUCAGUGAACGCCUGUCGCUCUCUUUCAGGAACGCGAACGAGCUUAAUGCCAUCGUCGACCAUGAGCUUCCAACAGGCCGGCCAAAGUUCAAACGAGAGCAAAUCAUUGUUGCGGGAGAAGCCUUCGACGUCUAUUAUCGCGAUGUGAUUGAAUGUGUCAAGUCGUUGUACAGUGAUCCCGAUUUCGCGAGAUACCUUGCGUUUGUGCCUGAGCGUCAUUAUGCCGACGAGGAUGAGACAGUUCGUCUGUUUCACGAUAUGCAUACAGGAAAAUGGUGGUGGGAUACACAGAAAAAACUCGAUCAGCACAGCCCAGGCGGCACCAUAAUUCCAAUCAUCAUCUCGUCCGACAAAACUCAAGUAACCUUGUUCCGCAACAAAUCUGCUUACCCUGUCUAUCUCACCAUCGGCAACAUCCCAAAAGAAAUUCGACGCAAGCCAUCACGCGGUGCCCAUAUACUUCUGGCAUAUUUGCCAUGCACACGCCUCGAUCAUAUUUCUAACAAAGCUUCACGCCGCCGAACUUUGGCAAAUCUGUACCAUGCUUGCAUGAGCCGUGUUCUCGCUCCCCUGAAAUCUGUUGGACUGGAUGGGAUUACUAUGGCGAGUGGGGAUGGUACUCUCCGCCGUUGCCACCUACUGUUUGCGAGCUUUGUCGGCGACUACCCAGAGCAACUCCUUGCUACUGGGAUAAAACUGCGCGAAGUGUUAGAUGCGCUCGCUACUCUGGAUGAAGGCAGUAUGUCUUUCGUUCGAGCUUGCUCAGCAGCAGGGAUCAAGCCCAUAAUUCAUCCCUUCUGGGAAGACCUCCCGUUCGCAAAUGUUUUCCGUGCAAUCACACCAGAUGUGUUGCACCAGUUAUAUCAAGGACUAGUCAAACAUCUCUUAGGCUGGUUGAAGGCUGCUUGUGGUGCGGCUGAAAUUGAUGCUCGUUGUCGGCGACUUCCUCCCAACCAUCAUAUACGUCUGUUCACCAAGGGCAUCACUGGCCUCUCGCGUAUCAGUGGGACCGAACACUCGCAAAUCUGCCGCUUUCUUCUGGGUAUCGUAAUUGGUAUCUGUUUGCCCAAUAAUCUUAAUGCAAACCGACUUCUACGAGCUGUCCAUGGUCUCCUCGAUUUUCUCUACCUCGCACAAUAUCCGUGUCAUAGUUCGGAGACCCUACAACUACUCGACGACGCACUCAGUCUUUUUCACGAGAACAAAGACAUUUUCGUUGAUCUCGGUAUCCGAGACAACUUCAAUCUACUGAAGCUGCAUGCCACUCGGCACUACUCGUACAUGAUUAUGAUGUUGGGCACAACAGAUAAUUAUAAUACAGAGUAUACAGAAAGACUACACAUCGACUAUGCAAAAGACGCUUACCGUGCUACCAAUCACAAGGACGAGUUCGCGCAGAUGACACGGUGGCUCGAACGCAAAGAGAAAAUACUGCGCCAUGACAAGUAUGUCAUCUGGCGACUUGCUGGUGAUGUCGAGUCUGAGCCCCACCAUUCACGUCCUCCAGAUAUGACCUUCCGCCGCCUUCAGACUAUGCCCAAACACCCUACUGCAAAAGCUGUCACUAUAGACAGAUUAGUUGAUGACUACGGCGCUACCUUUUUCCGCGAGGCACUUGCUCGCUAUAUCACACAGCUCAGGCAUGCCGAGGAUCCUAACCCCCUCCAUGAGCGAGCACUGGAAAUAUUGGCCCGCGACAUCCAUUUCCCGUUUCGAACGCUUCCUGUUUUCCACAAGAUCAAGUGGGUCUCCGUCGAUGCUCGUGGUCAUGGCGACGCAACCGUCACGUUAGAUUCAGUUCACGCAAGACCACAACGGAGAUCGGGUUCUGGUCUGCUGCCCCGUCGUUCAGACACAGUGCUGGUGAACCUUGGUGCGAAUACAGAAGCCGUUAGCGCAGGUAUAGAAGCACUCCGCGUUGGUCAAGUGCGAGUCGUUUUCUCACUACCUUCAAAAUCUCUCCCGCUCCUCUUUCCACCAACAGUCCAGGUUCCUAGCCACCUGGCUUAUAUCGAGUGGUUCUCGCCGUUUGCAUUGGCUCCCGAUCAACACCACGGCCUUUACAAGGUCUCGCGUUCCUUUCUUGGUGGCGCAAAAGUCGCAAGCAUUGUGCCAUUGUCGAAGAUCGUGCGGAGUGCCCAUCUUCUACCGAAUUUCAGUGCCGUCGUCCCGCGAGAGUGGUCCAGUGAUACAGUUCUAGAUGACUGUGACACUUUUUGGUUGAACUCGUAUCUAGAUAGAUUCACUUACUGUAUUUUCAAAUAAGUCUUGAUAAUUCCAUUGUACAUUAUCGUCUUCUAGCCAUUUUAUUCAAUUUUUGCCCAGGAGGCUUUUCCUGAUGCA